AUGGCAGAUACACUCCUUGUUACUAGAGCGAACGGCUUUGUUGCUCUUCAUGGAUACAGAGUUGUAGGAACAGUUCGCUCUGUAGCUGCAGCUGAGAAAAUCAUGAAAGUCUUUCCUAAUUCAUCUUCACAGCUGCAAAUCAUCGAAGUGCCCGGCAUUACAAAGGCGAACAAUUUCGAAAUGGCCUUUCGGAAGUUCAAAAUUAGAGCUGUCAUCAACACAGCGUCACCACUAGUAAAUAGCCCAAAGGACGUUAAGACCGAUGUCCUUGAUCCUGCCAUCAAAAGUGGCGGGGCAGUUCUUGAGGCUUCAGCCAAAUAUGCUGGGCCACAGCUGAGACGUGUCAUCUAUGUUAGAUCUUUUGCAUCGACACUCUACCUGUCGCUGGGCCUCGCUCCAGGGAAAACAUAUUCACCUAGUGACUGGAAUCAAUUAACGUAUGAGGAGUCUGCAAUUGAUGAGCACAGAACUGGGUAUAUUGGAUCGAAGGCUUUGGCUGAAAAGCGCAUGUGGAAUUGGAUGAAAGAAAACAUACCCGCUUUCGACAUGGUAUCUGUAGAUCCAGCGCCGAUCUUUGGACCACAUAUUGGGCCAGUGGAUCUUAAUCAUUUGAAUAUAUCAACUCAGAUGAUGUGGGAACUUGUCGUCCCUUCGCCAAAUCCGCCGCCUUAUAAUUCUGGCCACCUUGGAGCAGGCGGUGAACGUUUCUUGGCCGCACAAAAAUGCCACUGGCAGCUUGUGAAAGAUGAAGCAAGAAGGAUAUUGCCUGAAUUACAGAAUCGGAUUGAUGAAGGCAAGCCAGGUCCUUGGAUAGCUGCGCAAAGUACUACGUAUAAUGUUGACGGGAGCAUGGUGGAGAGAAUCUUAAAAGUGCAGUAUAGGUCGCUAGGAGAGUGUUUGAAAGAUUCUUAUAAACAGCUUUUAGAAGCUGAGAAAAGAAAAACUCUUACUUAUCAAUCUCAAGCGCGUAGGACUAAUAAAAUUACGAUAUGGAUCUAA